UUCUCGUACUUCUCAUUCUUCAUUUCAAGAUCAUACCCUCCUCUUAUUAAUCAGGAAACGGAACUCUCCUCAACAGAAACAUGUCGGACUCUAUCCCCUCCGCAUCUGCAGACCCCGAAUCAACCCAGGACCACCCUCUCCCUGCAAACGCUGAAGACCGCAAGGCCGCCGCCGCACUCUCCUCCCUAAACACCAAUGAGAUCGGCGCCGACUCGCGAGGAGAGGGAGAAGAAGAAGGAGGAGGAGGUGGUGGAGGAGCACGAGGUUCAAAGCUACCGUCGUCUGCGGAUCAAGAAGCCCUGGGCAAGGCGAUGAGCCGGCUGGAGAUCGCGGCAGGUAAGGGGCCCGGUAAGAAGCGGACAACGGAAGCUCAGAACAAGGACGAGGCGACCGAGGGCGUCAAGAAGAAGGCGGCCGUCAAGGUUGCGGCGGAUGAUGUUGCUCUCUUGGUAAGUUCUUUUCGUGGUUGAUUUGGUGUGAGCCUUCUUGAGGACAUCCUUCCCCUCCCCCCCCCCUUUUUUUUUUAUGUUAAUUCUUUUUGUUAUGCAGGUAAAUGAAUUAGAUCUGAGCAAAGUAAAGGCGACGGAGCUUUUGAAGGCUUAUGAUGGUGAUGUGAAGAAGGCCGUGAGGGCAUUUAUUACGCCGGUUGUUGGGGCUUGAAGUGGUG